GUUCAUUUAAUUUUCGUGUUCAACACAAAAUACAAAAUUUGUAUAAUGUUUAUAACAAUAAUAAUAAUUCUCUUCGCUUUUUUUCUUCCUUGACUUUUACGUAUUUAGUUCUUAGAUUAUUAGAUAAUAGAGAGAGAAACGAGAAGCUUAAAACAAAUUAUUGUUUUCCUCUGGUUUCUGUGGAUUUCAAACCCUAAUUUUGUGGAUUUUGAGAUCGCGAUCGGUUCCAUGGAGGCUAAUUCCAAUUCCGAUGAGGAAUUUUAUCAGAAUAAUAGCAGUAAUAGCAACAGCAGUAGCAGCAGCGACGAGGAUAACGGCAACGGCGACGGUAACGGUAACGAGACGAAUAACAGCAGUAAAAACGUCGCUGUUGUUUCUAAUGAAGGACUAACUAAACCUAAACGUCAGAUGAAAACUCCUUUUCAACUCGAUGCUCUUGAAAAAGCUUAUGCUGCGUCUACGUAUCCGACAGACAAGGUGCGAGAAGAAUUAUCUCAGAGGUUAAAUCUGACUGAUAGGCAAUUACAAAUGUGGUUUUGUCAUAGAAGACUGAAGGAUAAAAAGGAGGACAAAAGGGAGGACAAGAAAGAAGACAAGAAAGAGGAGAAAAAGGAAACUCCUGGUAACAGGAAGCGUAAGAUGGUGAAUUUGCCGGAGUCUCCUGUUGAGGUGAGGGCAAUUGUACCUGAGCCUGGAAGUGAUUAUGGCUCUGGGUCUGGUUCAGGCUCUAGUCCAUUUAUGGAGUCAAGGAGGGGGGUUUCAGAUGACACUCAUUCGAUGAGGAGGUAUUAUGAUUCGUCGCCACAGUCAGUUAUGGAGCUUAGAUCUAUUGCGUGCGUGGAAGCACAGUUGGGGGAGCCGCUAAGGGAGGAUGGACCAAUUCUGGGAAUGGAGUUUGAUCCAUUGCCUCCUGAUGCAUUUUGUGAACUUUUAUCAUUGGUGGAGCAGCAGAGACGAUCAGCUCAUCCUUAUGAUGGCAAAGUAUAUGAGAGACACAACACAAAGUCUAGCAAGGCAUCUACAAGGGUGCUUCAUGAUUAUCAAUUUCUUCCUGAGCAGUCCAGUAUUAGGUCUGAUGCUUAUGGAGAAGCUGCUCAAUCUCCUUAUCUCGAUUCUCUGGUUGAUAAUUUGAGGGGCAGACCAUUAUUUGUGCCUGGAGAUGAAUCAUUGUCCAGGGUUCAUGGUGCCCAAGGCCAAACAUCUCGUGCUCGCCUUUUUUCUCAAUCAGACAAGAAGAGACAUGUUUUUUCAUCACCUUACGAGGAUGAUGAUUAUCUUCUGCAGCGUGACUCCUUUACAAACAAAAGAAUAAAUUCCCAGACCUGUAGUCAACCAGUUAUGGGAUCAGAAAAUCCAGAUAGCUUUUCCAAUGACCAAGUCUUCCACACUGAAACAGAUGUGCGUAUGGAAAAGAAGCGCAAGACUGAUGCCCCUAGAACAUCUAUGGAUCAUGAAGCUAAUGACCUUCAAAUCCACAAAGAACAUGAGAAAAUGGAUCUACUGAGGCGGAAGAAUGAGGAACGCGUGAAAAGGGAGAUGGAAAAGCAUGAUCGUGAAAGAAAGAAGGAAGAAGAGAGGUUGAUGCGUGAAAGGCAGAGAGAGGAGGAGAGAUCAUUGCGUGAGCAAAAACGCGAAAUUGAAAGAAGGGAGAAAUAUUUGCAGAAAGAGAAUAUAAAAGCUGAGAAAAUGAGGCAAAGGGAGGAGCUUAGAAGAGAGAGAGAGGCAGUUAAGCGCCAAACUGCAGUUGAGAAGGCCACUGCCCGCAAAAUUGCUAAGGAAUCUAUGGACCUCUUAGAGGAUGAACAGCUGGAGCUCAUGGAAUUAGCAGCUGCAAGCAGGGGGCUAAGUUCGAUAGUUCACCUUAACUAUGAUGCUUUGCAAACUCUUGAGUCAUUCAGAGGCUCUUUGAGCAUGUUCCCGCCAGAAUUCGUACAAUUGAAAAAGCCAUUUUCUAUUGAGCCUUGGAUGGAUUCAGAGGAAAAUGUGGGGAAUCUUCUAAUGGUUUGGAGAUUUUUUAUUACGUUUGCUGAUGUUCUUGGGUUGUGGCCUUUUACGCUCGAUGAACUUGUUCAAGCUUUUCAUGACUAUGAUUCGAGGUUGCUGGGUGAAGUACAUCUUGCUCUUCUGAGACUGAUAAUCAAAGAUAUUGAAGAUGUUGCUAGAACACCAUCUAUUGGAUUGGGAGCAAAUCAAUACUCUCCAGCUAAUCCUGAAGGUGGACAUCCGCAAAUUGUUGAGGGGGCAUAUUUGUGGGGCUUCGACAUACGAAACUGGCAGAGACACUUAAACCCAUUAACAUGGCCUGAAAUAUUUAGGCAGUUAGCAUUAUCUGCAGGAUUUGGGCCACGGUUGAAAAAGAAAGGUGCAACAUGGACAUAUUUGGGUGACCAUGACGAGGUUAAAGGUUGUGAAGAUACAAUUUCUACUAUUCGUAAUGGAUCGGCAGCUGAAAAUGCAUUUGCACUCAUGAGAGAAAGGGGCUUAUUACUUCCCCGAAGAUCUAGGCAUAGAUUGACACCUGGAACAGUUAAAUUUGCAGCUUUCCAUGUUCUUUCACUUGAGGGAAGCAAGGGAUUGACAGUGUUAGAACUUGCAGACAAGAUUCAGAAAUCUGGACUUCGAGACCUAACGACAAGCAAGACACCGGAGGCCUCUAUAUCUGUUGCACUGACAAGGGAUCAAAAGCUUUUCGAAAGAAUUGCUCCUUCAACGUAUUGCCUACGGGCUGCCUACAGAAAGGAUCCUGCUGAUGCUGAGUCAAUUCUUGCAGCUGCUAGGAAGAAAAUUCGGAUUUUUGAAAAUGGGUUUUUAGGUGGAGAUGAUGUUGAUGAUGUUGAAAGAGAUGAGGAAUCUGAAGGUGAUGUUGAUGAGGACCCAGAAGUUGAUGAUUUAGCUACUUCAUUGGAUGCUAACAAAAGCAUAGAGCAUUACAGUGAAGCAAAUACUUGUUCUGGAAGCGGAAAAGCUAAUGUCUGCAAUGGUGUUUCAUUAAUUGUACAAAAUGAAUCUGUAAAAGAACCUUUAUGUGUCCCACUGAAAGGUCCGAAGAAUUUGAAGACACCAAGUAUGAUGGAACAGUGUAUUAUGCAAGAAGAUGCAGGGUCUAGCAAGGCAGAUCAGGAUAACGUCGAGAUUGAUGAAAGCAAUUCAGGUGAAUCAUGGAUUCAAGGGCUUGCAGAAGGAGAGUAUGCUCAUCUCAGUGUCGAGGAGCGUCUUAAUGCCCUGGCUGCAUUGGUUGGUAUAGCAAAUGAAGGAAAUACCAUCCGCUCUGUUCUUGAGGAUCGUUUGGAAGCAGCAAAUUCUCUGAAAAAGCAAAUGUGGGCUGAGGCACAAUUAGAUAAAAGUCGUCUAAAAGAAGAUAUUAUGAGUAAAUUAGAUUUUUCAUCUUUAAUUGGGGGAAAAGCUGAAAUCCAAAUUGCUGGUUCUGUGAUGGAGGGUAGUCAAACUCCAUUGUAUCUCACUGACAACAACAAUAAGGAGGCAUCUCCCAUUGAAGACCAAAAAUCAUUGCUUGCUUUAGAAGGGGUUUCAACUGAAAGGCAACUCAUUGUUCAUGAUCCCUCCUCAAAUCCAGAUAACUUCUCAAAUCAGCAACAUGGUUGCACUUCAAAAAGGUCUCGCUCAAAACUGAAAGCUUAUGUUGGUCACCUAGCAGAAGAGACAUAUGUGUAUAGGUCCUUGCCUCUUGGGCAAGAUCGUCGAAGGAAUCGGUACUGGCAGUUUGUUGCAUCUGCUUCCAGAAAUGAUCCUUGUUCUGGUAGGAUAUUUGUUGAAUUGCAUGAUGGAAUUUGGAGGGUUAUUGAUUCUGCAGAGGCCUUGGACGCCCUUUUGUCAUCUUUGGACACUCGUGGGGUUAGGGAGUCCCAUUUGCAUAUUAUGUUGCAAAAGAUCGAGAAAUCCUUUAAAUAUAACACUCACAGGAACUUGCGUUCUCUAGCAAUAGCUGAAAAUGAAGCUUGUGAAGCAGACUCCAGCUCCAAUUGCUCGGCUGGUAUUGGUAGUCCUAUCAGUGCUGUGUGUGGUUUAAAUUCUGAUCCUUCGGAUGAUUUUUCUCAUCUUAGAAUUGAGCUCGGAAGAAAUGAAUUGGAAAAAAGAAGUGCUUUAAAAAGAAACCAAGAUUUUCAGAAGUGGAUGCAGAAGGAAUGCUUUAAUUCCUCAACAUUAUGUGCCUCGAGACAUGGAAAGAAGAGGUGUAUCCAGCUGUUGGUCACUUGUGACCGGUGCUUGGAUUCUUAUCUCGUUGGAGACACCCACUGUCUUUCUUGCCACCAGACAUUUAUUGCUGCUAAUAAGAGCUUUAAUAUUUUUGAACAUGAAGUUCAGUGCAAAGGAGAAAUGAGGUUAGAGCCGGGGGUUUGUGAUUCCUCUCUGCCUCCAGGAAUCAGAUCACUUAAGGCUCUAUUGUCUUUCAUUGAGGCAUCUGUUCCGUCAGAAGCACUGGAGUCAUUUUGGUCCGAAAACCACAGAGAGAUCUGGGCUAUGAAGCUGAAUAUGUCGUCAUCAUCUGAGGAACUCCUGCAGGUAUUGACCAUUCUCGAGAGUGCCAUAAAACGAGAUAGUUUAUCUGCUAACUUUGAGAUGACAAAAGAAUUUUUGGGUGGCACAAUUUUGUCCGAGUGCGCAAUACAAGGUCCUGAUAUGAGAUCGGUCCCUGUGCUUUCAUGGAUACCAAAAACCACUGCGGCUGUGGCCCUCAGGCUUUUUGAUCUCGACGCAUCAGUUGCAUACGUUCGGCAAGAGAAAGCUCCGGUCAGUGAGAGCAAGCCACUUAAACUGUCCAUGAAGCUUUCUUCGAGAUACUCUCCACUUAAGAAUAAAGAGGUCGAAGUGAAAGAAGUAAAGCAAGAACAUUUCAAAGAAGAUCACUUCACUGACAUCCGUGCUACUAAGCGUAACAACCACAAACGUGGUGGGCGAGUAGGACGUGAUCAAGGAUACGGUAUGAAGUCACAGAGAAGCUUAUCUGGUAUUAAAUCUGAUGCCUUAAGGCGGAAUUCCAGGGAAGUUGAUAACUUUAAUUUUAAACCAAGACAACAAAGCCGGAAAGCAAAUCCGCAAGUUUCUAGUAGGGGUCGCCGCACAGUUCGAAAGAGGAGAGCAGAAGUAAGAGCAGAUGACGAGACAUUAAUUAGUCGAGUGAGGGACACAGUUGGCCCACGGAGCUACAGUGGAUCGUUUAGAAACUUGACUGAGGACGAUUGGGGUGAUGAAAAAAUUAGUGUAGAUAUGGAUGAUGCUGAACCUAGCAACAGCAUUGAAGCAAUGGAAUCUGAUGAAAACGCUGAAGCAGAAGGAUUUGAGCAAGGAAGUUGGGAGCAGAGUUUUAAUCGACCCAUUAAUGGGUGGAACAGAAACUUAAUGGAAAUGAGUGACGACGAUGGAGGUAGAAAUGCUUCUAGGGAGUUUAAUGUCGUUGAUGUGGGAGUUGAAAGCUCCGAGGAAGAUUCGAGCGAGGGCUCACAAAGAGCAGCUAAUAGAAUGGUGAACAAUGAAGGCAUAGACUCAUCAGACGAUUACAGCGAGUGAGUUGCAUUAUUUUUAUUGGCAGCUCAACUAUCCAAUGAUUAUAUGAUAGAAGACAGAAAGAAACGGGCGGAGCUUUCUGCAAUACGAAAUUAGAAAAAGUAGUUAGGAGGUAGGAGUAAUUUAUUAUUCGAUCAAUUUGCAUUGUCUGUGUAAGGUAUGAUCGUUUGAGAUGAGUUUUUUUGUCUGUAUUUUUUCCCCAUUGUACAAGUUCUUUGUUUUGUGUUUAUGAUUCUUUCAAGUGCAGUAGAAAUCCUAUUAAUAAAUUAGUUUUAAGUUGUUCUA